UUCAUAACAUUUAUUAAGUAGUUUUACAAACUAUCAAUUUUAAGCGUUAAUUUUUUUAGCUUACACACACACACAUUCUAAUAAAAAUCGUGUAUAAAAUUGAUUUUAUCUGUGUGCAUAAAUUCAAGUUACAGUCACGAAUACGUGGCGCGCACGAUGGAGAAGAAGGCCACGGAAAACUCUUCAUCGCAAAGCAAGAUCGAAGACAAUAACCAAGCAGAUAAACGACAUUUAAGUGCAACAUCGCAUGAUGAAGUUCCAGAUACACAGCGGCAGACACAGUUUACCUGUUCUUUAUACAUUUCGCGUGCCGGCGGCCUUCAAGAUCACGAGCAUAGAGUCCCAGAUUGCGAACUGCUGCAAUCUCACUUGGAGGAAGCUAUUGCCGCUUCCGAACCGCUGUCAACGUGGCGUGUCUCUGAGACUCCAUGUGGUCUUAUAGCCGCUUUCGUACGAGAAAACGAUGCCGAGAAACUUUUGCAACGCGGCAACUUGGCUCGAGUGUUUGGAGGACCCGUACAAGUAGCGCGAUUCUCGGCAAGAGAUUCCCGAUAUCGCCAAGCCGUGCUUCUGAAAGAUGUGCCAUGGGCUAUACCUUUGCAGGAUAUAAAUUCGGCUCUAACGAAGCAGGGAAUAGUCGCUGGAAAUGUCGAGCGUACUCGACAUUUUGUUCGAGUAGAGGUUUUUGACGCGGGACAUUACGAAGCCUUGCUGCGUCAAGGUCUGAACUUUUUCGAGGUGGCUCGUUUCAGUGCCAUUCCAGAACGCUGGUGGCGUGGCAACGGCUGCGGCAGUACCGCAUUCUCGUCCGGUUUACCCUCGCGAUACGUACCGGUGAACGACGGGAGCAAUAUCCUAGAAGCGCACCGGGCCAACGCAUCUCAAACGAUGGACAGCGUGUUACAAUGUUACCGGUGUCAGGGUUUCUGGCACAUGGCCGCCAAUUGCCGGCACUUACCACGCUGCGUCCGCUGCGGCGAACCGCACAGCGUCGAGUUUUGCCCAAGGCCGCGCAACAACCCUAUAUGCUGCCAUUGCUCCGGGCCUCACCAUGCCGGAUAUAGACAGUGUCCAGUCAGAUUGCAGCUGUCUAACGCAACUCCUGUGAGCAUCAUGUUGAGCACGACUCGCACGGGGGGAGUUCAAUAUCCAGCGAAUGCUACGACCAAGUCAAACCCUUCGUGCCACUCUUUGAGACAAGGCCACUGUUAAACACCGUUGUUUACCGAGCAAAAUUAUAGAGAAGCGUCGGCCUCAUUAGCAUCUUUUUUUCGAAAUGUCAAGUGGAAGCGCGUUAUUUAUCUCUCAGCAUUACAUAAUAAUUUGUCACGAGCUAAGAGUGAAAUUUGCAAUGUCAUUCCAAAUAUGUGGGCACAUGUUGAUAGCAUUAUCAUCAUAUAUAUAUAAAAACGUUCUUCUAUAAACAAGACCGCGAAAAAAUUCGUAUAAUUUAUGUUUUAUAUCACAAACUACAAGUUUUUAAAAAAAAUUUUUAACGCUAUUGCUUUUUAAGACACUAUUGUGUUUUACGUUUUU